CAAAUGAAAAAGCCUUUCUUCUUUUUAUGUUGUUUUAGUCCAAGACAAAAGGUAGAACAUGCUACCAGAAUGGCCUAUUAAAAGGUGAAUAAAAGAAAUAUAUAAGCCACUUUGACUUGUGCUAGUAGUUUCCAAGGCCUUUCUUUGGAGGUUGCUCAAAAUAAUCAAGCAUGGCUCCUCCAACAGGUGCACAGCUCGAAAGGGGGGUAAGCUUGAAAAUUGGCCAGUCUCGGAGGAAUAAGUGCCCACCUCCAUUUCUGUCCAAAACUUAUGAUAUCUUGGAGGAAGAGGAUGAUGAAGAAGAAGCUAUAGCAAGUGGGCAAAGGAUAGUUUCAUGGAACUCUGAGGGCAAUGGUUUUGUUGUAUGGAAUCCUGCAGAGUUUUCCGAGGUUAUGUUGCCUAGAUACUUCAAGCAUAAUAACUUUUCAAGCUUCAUUCGACAGCUUAAUACCUAUGGAUUCAAGAAAACAGCGUCGAAGAGAUGGGAAUUUCAGCAUGAGAAGUUCCAGAGAGGGUAUAGGCAUCUGCUUGUGGAGAUCACUCGAAAGAAAUGUGAGCAAAGUGCAUUUCCGGCUUAUCUUAAAGCCUGUGAAAAAAUCAAAUCGACAACCUCAGAGGGAAAUGCUCGCCUGCUGCUAAUGGAGGAGAAUGAGAACCUGAGAAGAGAGAGGCUGGAACUGCAAAUGCAGUUAGCUCAUUUCAAGACUCUUGAAAUUAAGUUAUUGGAAUGCCUUUCUCAGUGCAUAAGCUGCCAUGGCCACCAGAGCAAAGUUCCAAGGCUAUUUUAUAAAUAGUUGGAGGACAUGUUUGAUACGCUGUAAUGGACAGUAUCAACACAAUGAUGAUAAGAGAUACAAAGUCGAGUUCAAUCUUGUUGAGAUUAUCUCACAUCAGUUGUGGAAGGGACUGGUGGUCAAUUUAUAAAUGUGACGGAAAGUCUUACCUCUUAAACUAGUUUUUGGUGAUAAGAAGGUCCAAGACCACCUAGCACCGAUACCAGAGCUCGUGUUAUCAACAAGUCUCAGCCCAACAAUCCAUGACCUUCAGUUCUUUAAACUAAUAGAAACCGAUAAUUAGAUAAUUGUAAGUUUUCGAUAUGCCAAAGGCUGGGGUUCUCUUUUAUCCAUAUUUUCCGUUUCUUCUGUAAAAUUGGCUUCUUAAUACUAUUCGCCGAUCUUCAUGUAUUAUAAUAGAAGGCAGAAUUUUCCUGAUUAACAACACAAAGGUUUAUCUGCCAACGUCGUUA